UAAAGAUUACAGGGUGCAGCCCAGAGAUUUUCUGAAUCCGCUAUAGCCAUAUCAAACCAACACAAACCUCGUUACACAAAAAAAACCUCUCUUCACUCACAACCAAAACACAAACACACUACCCAGGAAAAAGAAAAGGAUAAGCCUAAAAUUAAAUACACCGCGUUUUCUCUACUAGAUUGUGAAUUAAGUUAUCGAGUUUUGCUGAGGACUUAGCAGUGAAGUUUUGUGGACAUGGGUGCUUAUGAUCAAGUUUCUGUGCGGCCUUUGGAUUCUUCUAGAAAGAGGAAAAGUAGGAGCAGAGGGGAUGGUUCUAGAUCUGUGGCUGAGACCAUUGCAAAGUGGAAGGAAUACAAUGAGCAUCUUUAUUCAGGCAAAGAUGAUGGUAGAUCAACUCGGAAGGCACCAGCUAAAGGUUCAAAGAAAGGAUGCAUGAAAGGGAAAGGAGGACCUCAGAACUAUGAGUGUAACUACAGAGGAGUUAGGCAGAGAACUUGGGGGAAAUGGGUGGGUGAGAUUAGGGAGCCGAAUAGAGGGAGUAGGCUUUGGUUAGGAACCUUUUCUACUGCUCAAGAAGCUGCUCUUGCCUAUGAUGAAGCUGCUAGAGCCAUGUAUGGUCCAUGUGCACGCCUCAACUUCCCCAACAUCUCAGAUUAUGCUUCUGUUAAGGAAUCGUUUAAGGACUCUUUCUUGGCUGCUUCAUCUUCAUGUUCUUCGACAACAUCAGACACUACUACUACUACUACAUCAAACCGAUCAGAGGUCUGUGCGGCUGAGGAUGCUAAGGAGAAUGUUCUACCUGCCCUUGAUAAGGGCAACCAUAGUGAUUGUCACAAGGCUUAUGAAUAUGCCUCACCAACUAGCAGAAUGAAGCUAGAGCCGAAGGAUGAUGAGGCUGGAGAAGGAAUAAUACAUCAUGCUGAGCAGGCAGAAAAUGUAAAUGAAGACCAGAUGGACUUUUCAUGGAUUGAUGCUUUGGAUUUCAAUGAUGAUUACUCCAAGAGCUUUUCCAAUGAUGAGUUAUUUCAGGUGGAUGAACUUUUGGGGCUAAUAGAGAACAACCCAGUUGAUGAUUCUGGAUUGAUGCAAGGUUUGGAUUUUGGACAAACAGGAUUUCCUGGAGAAAGUAAUCCUCAGGUUGAUGAUACGUCAUCAAGCUUUUUUUAUCAGUUGCAAAAUCCAGAUGCCAAGUUGUUGGGAAGUUUGCCCCAUAUGGAACAGACACCAUCUGGUUUUGAUUAUGGAUUAGAUUUCAUGAAAACAGUUGUGCCAGAGGACUAUGAUGGUGGAGGGGAAGAACCGCAGUUCCUUAAUUUGGACGAUGUUCUGAACCAUGAUUCAAAGGAAAUGGUAGCAAGCAAGGAAUGAUGUUUUUGUCCCUAUAAUGAGGAUGUUGUUUUUGUCUGAAGUCUACCUCAUUUUCAACUGGUUCAAGCAUCACAAGUAAUCUGUCUCCAGAGUUGUUGUCCCCUUUUAGCAAAUAUAUAGGUGCCUUAGACGAAUACAGUUAUACAACUAAUAUACAAGAAAUUUGAUAUCUUUAUGUUCUUUUAAAUAUGCUGAUUCUCUGUAGGAUUUUUUAAAAUGGAGAAUUUAGCUGACAAAAUUUGUUAAUUCUUUCAUUUACAUGUUUUGUUUUUGGAUUCAAAUUGGACUGCCUUUAACUUCGUAGGUGGAGCUGAGGAGUAGGGUGUUUGAAGUCGCAUGUUGUUGUUGUCAACUGUAGUAUCUUGAGCACUGACAUGACAGAAGAUUUCUUGUUAUGUACGAGGGAGAACUAGUAUAUGUCUGUAUUGCUUACUUUUUGUGUAUAACAACGGAACAAGUAGGCGAAUGUAUAUAUUGGAAAUUAUUCUGAAUUUUGUUGC